CUGAAGUACACCAUGCGGCGCACGACGUUGGGACCGAUCUCGUCGUCCCAGCUCAAUGCCCAGCAAUCAACCAACAACCCAUCGCGGCUCCCUGUACUGAAGCCUAUUCACCCUCCCGCACCGAAUCGGCAAUCGCUGAACUCUGGUGGGAUGCAUCAUCGGGCAAGCAUAUUGAAUCGGUCGUCGCUCAGCCGAAACAGCUUGUCGACGCGGAUGUCCAUGAACGGCACGUCGCGAAACAGUCAGAAUGGGUCGAGUCGGCGAAGCAGUACGUUCGGUGGACGGGGAAGCCGUGCAACAGACCCUCGGCCCAUCGGCGACAGAAACUUCAAUGCCACGUGCAUUCGACUCUUGAUUGAAUUCUUGACGGACCGCCACUACGACCACCCGAUCAACCAUCAACUCCUCUACAAGCCUAUGAAGAAGGAUUUUGUCAACAUCAUGCAGUUCCUAUUCCGCGAAUUGGAUCCGAACUUUGAAGUGUCUGCCAAGAUCGAAGAAGAUUUUGCGAAUUGCUUCCGCACACUGAAAUAUCCGUUUCCGAUCAGCAAAAUGGCGCUAGCUGCCGUGGGGAGUCCACAUGCAUGGCCUCCUCUCCUCGCAGCUAUUUCGUGGCUGGUUGAGCUGCUCUCGUACGACGCGAUUGUGCAAGAAGAAGGCUUGAACAAUCCCGAUCACGGUCACAGACAAAGCGAAGAUAUGUUUGAGUACAUGGCUGUGGCGUACAAAUUGUACCUAUCCGGGAACGACGAUGAGUACGACGAGAUCACUCGGCGCAUGGAAGACGCCAUGGAGCGGAAGAAUAUUCAGAUUCAGCAAGAAGUCGACGAAGUCGAGCAGGAAAACGAAGCGUUGAGGCGUCAAAUUCAAGAGUUGCAAAGUGGACAGUCGCUGGUGAGUUUGAACGCAAGGAAGCGCGACUGUCAAGGAGAUGUGGAGAAGCUCCAGACGAUUGUCAAUACGCAUGAAGCGUCGAAGGCAAAAGCGCAUGAGGCCAUUCGCGUAUUUGAGCAACGCUUGGCGAAACGACAAAUGGUGUUCCAGAUGCAGCACGCCACGAUGGCCGAGCUGCAGCGUCGAAUCGACACACAAGAACUGUCGUCUGACGAUCUCGAGCGCAUUACGGCUGAGCGCGCCCGCCUCCAAGAGCAACUCAACAACACGGAGAAGCGCUACAAAAACAUUCAGUCGAGCCACUGGCAAAGAGAGACAGAGAUAUCCCAGCACAUGGACCGCAUUGAAGACCUUGUCAAUGUUUACAUGACGUUCUGCCGACGGCUCAAACUCGACGAACGCAAAGACGCCAACGGGGUCGAGUAUGCGAUACAGAUUGACGCGCAUUCCGGCGGCGCCAAAGCGGCGGCAGCGUUGACGCAGCACUUGAAGAAGACAAUCGUCCCGAGUUUGCAAGCGUUUCAACGGCAGCGCACGGACCGACUGAUUCGUAUCUUGGACAAGGGUGGAGAGGCCAAGGUUCGCAUCAGCCAGGCCACUUCCAACAUGAACCAGGCGGUCGAGGCCGCUCGGCAGAUCGAUUUGCAAGAACGCAAGCUCGACGAAUCGAUUCGUCUGGAGAGGGGGGCGAUGAACGCUGCAAUAGACCAGAAAUCUGGCGAGAUUGUAGAACUCGAGCUCGAAUUGGAGAGGCUGAAAGCACAAGAUGCUGCGUCCGGCAUGGGCAAGGCCGACAAGCUCCUCCGCGAUACAAAGAUCGAGCACGACGAAAUGACCAACCAGUACAAGCAAGAAAUUGAAUCGAGACUGCGCUUCAUCCAACACGCCAUCGCACUGUGCGUGGCCUUCAAGGAGCACAUGGCCAAACAAAUGGCCGACACCGAGGAGUACGUGAAAAGCCAGCGUGACUUGCUAAAUUAGGAGUUAAUGAUGCUAUAUAUUUUUCAAGCCUCGAUGAACCCCUCAAGCUAUUUGUCGAAUAAAAAUGUAUUUCCCCG